AAUCACAACGAGGCAGAAAGAGAAAAGCCGUUCGUCCAUUCGUUAGUGCGCGUGAGGGCCGGAGAACCGGGCCUCACAUCACGUAUGUCUCAGAACGGACCGUUAAAGCAGCAGCUCGAGCGCGGAAGGUUUAGGAAACACGAGCGAUGCGAGUUUCUGCAGGAUGCGGCACUAGAAAGGACUCGUUCUUAACAUUCAGGCUACGAGAGGACAUUGUUUCAUUCAUCAAAGGAAAACCCGCAGAGAUAAAACACACGUCGGCACCGAACUGAGUUUUUGUAGAAAGGACCGAGGUCGUUUUCGGGGACCCCGUUUGAAUCCUCUCCGUGGCCAUUGUAGGUCCUUGUAGUGAUUUUAAAGCGGGGGUGCGCGCGCAAUGUCGGGUCGCAGUAUUACGUAUGGCGGUGAGAGGACAUGAGCGGCUCGCGAAGAUGCCGCGCGCUUUGCGGAGGCUCGUGCAUCUCGUGCUGCUGUGCCCGCUUUCCAAGGGCCUGCAGUCCCGCUUGCCUGCAGUGAAGGUGAAGUACCUGAUGGUGGCAUGGUUGGGUGUACUGGUGGCCAGCUGGGUUGUCUACAUACAGUACUCCUCCUACUCGGAGCUGUGCAGGGGACAUGUCUGUACAAUGCUCAUUUGCGAGCACUACCAUAAGGGGGUCAUCUCUGGCUCUGUGUGUAAGUCGUUGUGUGAGGAGAAAACUCUAACUCUACAGCGCUGCCUCUCCACAUCGCCUACACAUCAGGUAUACAGUGCCAUGUGGAAAGAGAAAGCUGUGGUAGUAAAGUGUGGAUUGCAUGAUGCUCAGCGUGAUGCCAGUCUGUAUGAUAAACCCACCCGGGGCACGUCCAUGGAUGAAUUCCGAGAGAUGCUACACGACUUUCUCAAGAACAGUCUGGGGGAACAGCUGUCUCUUGGCUCACUUGUCUUGCGCAUUGUCUCACUGGCUGAUGUCAACGCUGAUGGUAAAGUGUCUCUAGCUGAAGCGAAGUCAGUGUGGGCUCUGCUGCGCAUCAAUGAGUUCGUCUUGACUCUGGUGCUACAGGAUAAAGAGCAUGCGCCCCAUCUAUUGGGGUUUUGUGGCCAACUUUACACCACAGAGCAUGUGGCCCAUAGCACCCUCUUUAGUGUGAACAUACCGUCUUGGCUCCACCCCCUGUUGCCCAAAGCUCUAAGCAGCUCCCUGAACCACUGGCUGGCUCCGGCUUGGCCACACCGUGCCCGUGUUGCGAUCGGUCUGCUAGAGAUGGUCGAAGAACUCUUCCAUGGUGCCUAUGGCACUUUCUACAUGUGUGAUGCCACACCCCAGCGAGUAGGCUACAGCGCCAACUACGACUGCAAGAUGCUUGACCUGGGAAGUGUGGUACCAGAAGCAACAGUGCGGGCAUUCCUGAGAGGACGAGCUUGCCAAGUCAACACUGACUGCACGUUUGGGAGCGACUGCACAGCCACUUGUGACCGUUUGGCCAAACAGUGCAACACGGAAGUGGUGCGACCAAAUCUAGCUAAAGUGUGCGCCCUCCUGAGGGAUUUCCUGUUUUUUGGGGCACCGUCUGACUUGAUGGACGACUUGGACAAGCAACUACGCACCUGCAUGACACUGAGUGGCCUGGCCUCACAAAUGGAGGUGCAUCACUCACUUGUGUUAAACAAUCUCAAAACACUGCUAUGGAAAAAGAUCUCGGACACCAAGUAUUCUUGAUAAAAAAAAAUAAAAAAAAGAGGUUGGUUGAAACAUGGACACAGAAAUAUACAGAAGGAAUUCCUCUGUCAGGACGAAAGAAAACUCCAGUAUAUUGACCACAAAUCUGACACAGAAUGUGGUGAACAGUUUUGUACAUUGGACAGUAACGAAGGACGUACUUUCUUCCUGGAUGUGCAUUUGAAUGGACUAAUCAUGAGCCAUAACCUUCAGCAAAGAAGCUUCAGUAAAAGCUCAAUAAAAGUGUGACUCAGGAAAUCUCUUUAAUUAACCACACAUAUAGAGGGCAAAGGAGCUUAUUUUAAAACCAUUUCACAAAAUCCCACAUUUAACUCCUUACUCCUACACAUACAGUUGUGCUCAUAAAUGUACAUACCCCUUGCAGAAUCUGCAAAAAUCAUUAAAAUUGGGAUAGUUAAAAUUGA